AUGGGGCUGCUCAAUUUGUCCAUCAUUAUUUUAAUCGUAGCAACGCUACACUAUGCGGAAUCCAGCGAGAAGGAAGGCAGGAAGGUCGGUCUUCUAAUCCCGGAGAAGAUAAUAGGAGGGGUCAUUGAUAUAGUCCACAACCAUAAGAACAAACCUUCGACUUCCGUGCAAGCUUCCUAUCAACAACAGGCUUCUUAUCAAAGCAGCAGUAGCUACGCUCCACAACAGGGCUACCCGAACCAGUGGAACCAGAAUCAAAACCAAAACCAAAAUCAAAACCAGUUCCAAUAUCAAAAUCAAAACCAAAAUCAAAACUACGGAAAUACGCAGAACCAAUACGGGAAUUACCAAAACGGGAAUUAUCAGAAUGGAAAUUACCAACAGGGCAAUUAUCCAGUUAAUAACGGGCCUAGCCAAAACGGACAAGGACAAAUGGGAAGCCAAGGGUAUCCCACACAACAGGGAAACUUUGUUAAUACACAAAAUCAAGCUCAAAACCAGAUACAAGGACAAUACGGCACGUAUCCUCAGAACCAAUUUGUUCAAAAUCAGAACCAAAACCAACAAGGCGGAGGGCAAUACCAAAACCAGAACCAGAACCAAAUGCAGCAGUCUGGAGGUCAAUACGUAAAUCAGAACCAGAACCAAAACCAAGUUCAGGGAGGACAAUACAACCAGAACCAGCCCAUCGGAGGUCAGAAUACCAACCCUGCUGGUCAGAAUACGAAUCAAGUCCAGCAAACAGGACAGUACGUACAAAAUAACCAGGGAUCUUACCAAGGAUUGCAAAGUUCGGGAGGAUCCUCCAGUGGGUUCCAGGUCUCGGGGAGUCAUCAAACUGGUGGUCCGGGACCCACCUGUGUCUGUCAGGCUUGGACAAAACCACCGGCUGAGGUUGUAUACCAGUUGAACCAGGGUAAUCAAACUAAGGUGGAAGUUAAAAAAGAAUAG